CGUCUCCCGGGGCCGGGCAGCGCCGCGGGGACGGGAGGAGCCGCCACUGCCGCCGCUGCGCUCCCCGGCCCGGCGCUGGGGGAGCGGGCGGCGCCCGCGGAGCUGGGCCAUGAGGUUUCCUUUGCCUGAUCUGUAAACAUGUCUACAGACCUGCUCUGGUGUGAGGAUUGCGGCAAAAGCCUUAUAGGAGAAUGCAAACUCCACGGACCACUCAUCAGAGCUAAAGAUAGGGUUAUUCCCAGCCGGGCCCGCCUCACCCUACCUCACUACCUCACUCUGCGAGUCUUGGAGCUGAGAGCUGGAAACCAGCAGAUCCUUGGUGUAUUUGCAAAGAAAGUAAUACAGAAGAGAACACAAUUUGGCCCUUAUGUUGGUCAACUGUCUACAAAACUGACCUGCUAUGAUGAGAGCAGACUAGUCCUGCAGGUGUUGAAAGAUGGAGGGAAGUACUUUCUGGACACUCCCAAUGAGGACUGUGGAAACUGGAUGAUGUUUGUCCGGCUAGCCCGGAACCAAGAAGAACAGACUCUUGUGGCUUAUCAGCACUGUGGAGAAGUCUACUUCACAACAGUCAAGCCAAUUGAACCCCACACAGAAUUGAAAGUAUGGUAUGCUGCCGAUUAUGCCAAAUUUAUGGAAGCUUCUGCAGUCUUCAUUAAAGAAGAAUCAGAUGUCUCUCCUUUGCCUCCAGUAGCAAAAGAGCCUGUAGACUCUUGGAUAUGCUCCAGCUGUGGAAGCACUUUUGCAACUUUUGCUCUGCUGGAAUCUCACCAGUGCAUCCAUAAGGACCGAGUCCUUCCUACGAGGUUCAGACCACCAAAUAAAUUGGGACCUGUAAAAGCAAAGAACAAGCUCAAAGGGAAACUGAGAGGAGCAUCAUUAGGCAAAAGCAUUACUCAAUGCUUUGGGACCAUUUCCUGUUCCUCUGCUGCAAAGUUCAGCUGUGCCAGCUCAGGAAGCACUUGUGGUGCUCUCGUAAGGUUUAUUCCUAAAUGGAGAAAUGGUCGGUCUUCACUGCUGAAGGGAAAAGAAGUGAAGCAGCCAGAUAGUUUUCCCUGCCGACUCUGCGGGAAGAUCUUUGAUUCCAUUGACAAGCUCACGGUCCACACUUAUGCACACAAAGGGGAGCGUCCCUACAAGUGUUCCCAGCACGGAUGCACAAAAGCCUUCAUUUCCAAAUAUAAACUGCUCAGGCAUUCGGCCACUCAUUCUCCACAGAAAUCUCACCAGUGUGGCUACUGUGAAAAGACCUUUCACAGGAAAGACCAUCUAAAGAAUCACCUUCAGACUCAUGACCCCAACAAGAUGGCCUUCAAGUGUGAAGAGUGUGGCAAGAAGUACAACACCAAGCUAGGCUACAAGAGACACUUGGCUCUUCAUGCUGCCACCAGCGGGGACCUCACCUGUAGGGUGUGUGCCCAAGAGUUUGGUGGUACCGAGGUUCUGUUGGAGCACCUCAAAAGUCAUGCAGGGAAGCCGACUGGCAACAUGAAGGAAAAGAAACACAAGUGUGACCACUGUGAGCGUCACUUCUAUACCCGCAAGGAUGUGCGACGCCACAUGGUGGUUCACACCGGCUGCAAGGACUUCCUGUGCCAGUUCUGUGCCCAGAGGUUCGGGCGGAAGGACCACUUGACACGCCAUACUAGGAAGACUCAUCCGCAAGAACUGCUGAAGAGCAGGUUGCAGAAUGGUGACUCAGUGGGUCUCCUUGACCAGCUCUUUUCAUACAGACUGAAGGAAGAUGCCAGCAUGCUGUCCCCUCUUCCUGAAAGGGUCCCUGUGCCAAAUGGGAUUGUGAAUAGUUCAGAAACAGAGGAAUACAACUGUUCACAUCUUCAUUCCCAGUCAAGCUUACAAACUGCUCUUCCUCUUGAGUCUUCUCCUCACUUGCAAAGGAUGGGCUGUGCAGACAGCCUCCCGGCUGUCCCUCCCACACCAUGUUCAGCAGCUGUCCCUAUCAACCUGAACCUUCAUCAGCCUAACAAAUACGACCUUAGUUCUACCUCAUUUGCCGCAGGAGCCCUCAAGAAUCUGCCAAUAAAAGUGGAUGUUAAAGGUUACAAUGUGCAUCUUCUUGAGGACCUGCCGUUACCAGAACCUCAGUCUCUCCACAAAAUCAGUAUGGAAGAAGCUUCCUCAGGGCCUGUGGGGGAUAUUAACAAGUACCCAGUGCACAAAGAGACAGAGGCAGCAGCUGAACCUGCAAGCCUGCCUUUCAUGGAUCUCACUCAUUUGAUGGGCUUCUGGCAGCUCCCACCAGGUGACAACCAGAACACUAUUGGGGACAUCACAAUGGCGUUUGGCUCGGAGGAGCCAUCACACAGGCUGAAUGGCCUUGGCCAACAGCAAGGUCUUCAGCUGGCAGCUGGUGGGAUGGCCAUAAACCAGCUGCACCAUCUUCCUCGCUCCUUUCCAUCCACUACAAAUUCUGUAACAUUGCCUCACUUUCACCAUGCCUUCAAGUAACCAUCAUCCUGUGUGGUUUUUUUUCCUUUUUGUUUUUUAAGACUGUGCUUCUUACUUAAAUCUCUUAGGACCGGGGUGUUUUUGUUUUGUUUUGAAGAAAAACUGCCCCGGAUGUUUUCAAAGCACGUUAUGAACGUGGUAGUUAAAUUCAGGAUGUUAAUAAACAAGAAGCUCUAUUUUUCAUACUGUUAGUUUUUUAGCAUAUGACAACAGUAGAACUAACAUGUUUCCCUCAGCUCCCUCUAUAUUUUUGUUUCUUCUCAUGCAAACAACUGAAUAACUAUCUUCAGUGACAGCAAAGUAUCAUAACAGGCACAAUAAAACUAUGGCUGCUGCAAUAGGAGAAAUAUGGUUAGGGUGAUUGGGAAGAGGGGGGAAAUCACAAAGAAAUCAGUUUAAUGAGCCAUAAAUCACAGCAAAUUUGUACACAUGGCAAAUGUAACAAACAAUUUAUCAACAUCAGAUAGAUUUCUAUUAAGCACUUAAUUAAUGAAAUUUAUUAAUCCUUAAUUUAAAUCAGAAUCAUUCCACAAGUAAAUCUUACGUCCUUUUUUCACUUUCUUCAAUGAAGUUCAUCACUAUUAUGUUAAACUAGAUUUUGUUUUCUGGCAGGCAGUUCAGCUGUGUGCCUUUUCCCUAGGGCUGGAAAUAACUACCACUUCUGAAUGGCUGUAAGAACUGCAGUCUUGGAUACAUGCAGUUCUCAGAAUGAAAAGUGAAUUGUCUCAAGUUAAAACAAAACAUUAAUUUUCAUUUAGAGCCGGAUCUGUCAAGACAUCAGACAUUUCUCUUUCUCUCUCUCUCUGUUUCUAGUAAAGCAUUUGAGCAUUUGCUUAAAUUUAAGCUUAUGGUAUCCCAUUGGGUCAACAGCUUGAUUAAUUCAACACUUAAUAAAAAAUACUGCAUCCUACCUAAGGGGCCUUUAUUCACCUUUUGUUGAUAAAAAUGGCCAUUGUUUAGUCUGGGAAAUGAUUAAUAAUUGCAACCAUCUGAAAAUAUGGGCUUUCACAGAAAUCCAGCCCUGGUCCAGGGGACCCUGUGCCCGAGAGGUACCCCCAUGGAGCCAGGGGUAGGUCCAUGCCCAGAGGGGCUGUGGUGCCUAGCUGACACUGGGCCCUGUUCAAAACCAGGUUCUGAACCUGCCUGACGAGUGUCAGCUGAAAUUAGUGGGUGUGAUAAUGGUUGCAGCCAUUUUACUCAUGGGGGUUCUGCUCAGAAACAUCGGGACUGCUGCAGUUGGACUCCAGCCUUUGUUUAUUGCAGACAGAACCACGGGGACUUCUGGUUGUUUCCUGGGGUGAAUUGUCCAUGAACAGUUCCUGUGGACAGUGGGUUGGUGUGACAGUCCUAUGCAUGCAUAGUGUGACAGUACCUGAUGCGUGAACAAGCAGAAAUUGUAAAGAUCACAUUUUUCAGUAGAUGACAUAAUUAAACAAAGAAACAAACUCUUCACAAUUUAGUUUGUUGCCUAACAAACUAGUUACAAAAAAAUAAUAAUGGUUUUAGUGGAUGGCUCAGUUACUAAUGGAUUCUGUUUCAUCUGAAACAGACACGGAAUUUCUGAAUCUGAGUAAAUUCUCAAACCCCAAGAACUACUGUUCUGUUAAAUCCAAAGAGAGUUCAUUGUACCAAUGGCCAUUACUAAUAUAACAUGGAGCAAGCAUGUUCUCCUCUCCCUCAUUAAUCACAGGAAUAUUUCCAGAGAGCUUCAAAUAAAAAAUAAUUCUUAAAUUA